AUGGCAGCGUGCGGAAGUCGGUCAGCCUCGGGCCGACAGGCAAGGGAUGAAGAGUAUCGCGACUCAAACAAACAAAACUCGACACCAUACGUUCUCAAGAAAUGGAAUGCAGCUGCCGACGGAGUUCCUAGAGUACCAUCACUUUGCGCCUCAGCCAGCUCUCGAAGACUGAGUUCACCUCAACAACAACGGUUCCUCAACGAAGAUGUUUGCGAAGCCCAGCAAGACAAUCAAACCCGCAAAUCAGUUUUCAUCUUAUGGACUUGGGAAAUUUUAUCCCUGUUCCUUGCCACGUGCAUCUUGGUGGUGACAACGACGGUCAUCGUCCUCGAAGAUGACAGACGCUCCCGAGAUUGGCCUUUGGACGGCAUCAUCACCCUAAACUCUCUCGUCAACUUGCUCUCCACUAUAUUUCGAGGAAUUCUAGUAUCGAUUGCAACUGAACUCAUUGCACAAGCCAAAUGGAUGUGGUUCUGGUUCGAUAAAUCUUCGCGUCGCCGAAUGGGUGACUUGCUGCAUUUCGACGAUGGUACUCGUGGCGUUUGGGGGGCACUCAAGCUGAUAAAAAUUGUGACUUGGCGUAGCCCAUCAAUUCUCAUCGCUGUGGUUGUCCUCGUGUCAUCUUUCGCGGUUGGAUUCUUCGUUCAGCAAUCGAUCAGGUACAUCGAUAGAAACGAACCGCUCGGACUCGGCUCAGGGUCACUUCCGGUGACGCGCCACAUCGACGGAUUGAACACAAGAGUAUUUUACACCGGAGGCUUAACUUUCAAGCCAGAAGUCAAGGGUGCGAUACAAUCUCUCGCCUUUCGCCGCAGCCGGAACGAAUCGGCUGUUAUACCAAUCUGUCCUACCGGAAACUGCACGUUUACUGGUCUCGGUUCAAAUACCUCUAUCGAAACAGGAUCCGAGGCUACGCAUGCUUCUGCCGGCGUUUGCAGCAUCUGUACUGAUGUUGGAGAAAUGAUAAAUCAUUCGAACAACGACCCUCGCUACAGCUUACCUAACGAUAUGGAGAUCGUUACCUCCGAUAAAAUGGAAUGGGUGAGGGUCUUAUCGGGUGACCUCUCGUGGAGCGAUGCAACUAUACCGCCAGAAGCACUUGCACUAGCUUCCGCCGCAUUCGCGAAUGUCACUGUGUUGACAGGUGCGGUUGUAGACGGCGACAUCAGAAAAACGAAAACCAAACACCCUGUUGCUAUCACUUGCUCGCUCUACCCCUGUGUUCGAACGUACUCGGGCAUCAUACGUCUAGGAAGUUUGAAUGAAACCCUCAUUCGAGAGACCCCAAUGCAUUACGACAUGGGUGACAAUGACUCUUCAGCAUCUGAACAGGCUUUGAAUCUAUCAGCAGGACCGAAUCUUUCAACAGUAAGGCAUGCAAGAACGAAGAGAAGAUCAGAGAACAACUCUUCUUCUCAGGUCCCUGAAGAGUGCAUCUAUCGUAUCGACCAGAGUUUCAAGUCUCUCAUAUCAGACUAUCUUUCAUCCGACUUUUUCAACGGAAGUUGCACAUGGGACUCCUCGCAGCGGGACAUGAUCGAGUGCGGUGAAGCCAUCUGGCUUUCCAAGCUCUGGGCAAACGGAAAUUCAACAACUGAAAGUCUAGCGGACCUUUUCACGGACUUUGCAACUGCCUUGACAAACCAGGUGAGGUUCGGCAUGGGGAGGAAAGAUGGCACCACGUCGAUGGUGAAGGGCGUCGCUUUUCAACUCGUCACUUUCAUUGCCGUUGAGAAGUACUGGCUUGUCUUCCCUGCGGUACUGCUCAUAUUGGAGAUUGCAGCACUUUCAUGGAUGAUAAGUCUGACAGUAGUCUUUCGAGGCGAACUGGCUGUUUGGAAGGGCAGUAUACUACCUCUCUUGUUCUACAGAGAUUUCUUCUGGGGAAAUGGCGACCGGGGUAAGAGUUCUAAGAGGCUCUUGACGACGAAGGAGAUGGAGAAGCAGGCGGAUCAGAUCAGUGCGAACUUCUCUCGAAACAUUUAA